AUGUCGGCCCGAGCAAUCAUCACCAGCCAAUCCCUCCGCAGCGCGGUAAUGGGACCCAUCGCCGUGGGCCGAAACUUUUCGUUCACGACGAGUAGCAACCUCGGUCUGAAGGAGACAGGAAACGGCGCCGACUACGACAAACACAAGUCCGACUCGCUCGCCAAGCAGAAGCAGGGCAAGGGCCACUGGAAGCCGGAGCUGGCGUCGGACAGCGAGGAGGCCAUCCGGGCGGACCGCGAUCACACGCCGUCCAGCCCCGGCGAGACUGCGAAGCUGCAGGAACAGACCAAGCGGGCUGCAGAGGAGACGGCCAAGGCGGGGACCAGCAUGCGGGAAUAG